UAACGCCAGGUGAAAAAUCUUAUCUAAUUAACUCAUUGCUCUGUUUCCACAUAAAAAAACAUUGCUGUGUUUUUAUACACACACUAAACAAAGUGGAUGUAUCCAAUACAAACAGAUAAUCUAGGAUCAGAAGAAAAACUAAUUAAUCCGUACGUCUUAUAUAACAUAAUCUUGUUAGAAAGAAGAACAGUUGGAAAUAGAAGAAGGUUACUAGAAAAGAUAAUUUACAUGACAUCGAGUAAGACCAAUGUAUCCUGCCGAAUCUUUGCAAUGUCGACUCAAGCAAGUCUCACUUUGCCAAGAAAACAGAAACCGCGCGAACUAAAAGUGGAAUAUUCUUCUGUAAGUCAACAAUCAAAAAUUAGCGAAAGCACAGGAACACAAAUCAUUUACGUCUACUGCUCGCCUCGAUUGAAGCAUGCAUUGACGCUCAUUGGCCGUAUCAUAUUAUUAGCGUAUUGUGUCGUGAUUCCAUUUUUUGUGUUCAUGUUACAUCAGGAAACAACAGACAGUCUGACUAAAUUAGAUGCGUUAGAACAACAGCUUGCAAAUCACAUUAGUUUGAACAAGCGCAUUGAAAAGAAGAAAAUAAAGCGAAAAGUUACGGAGAACGUGACAAGCUCAGGAAAGAAUGGAAUUCGUGAUUUUGCAGAAACGUACAGAUUUUUACCAAAAAUCGAGGAAAGUGUAAACAGACAAAUAAAGGAGUUUAAUAUAACGAUAACACGCUACGAGAAACAAAUGGAGGUGCUGACGUCAGCUGAAAAUUUGUUAAAUAAAAUAGAACGUAUUCAAAGAAAUAAUACCAUCAACAAAUGUCAAUGUCUACCGACCCCAAAUAUGUGUAACUGCUCGAAAGAAGUUAGAGGACCACGUGGUCUACCUGGAAGACCUGGAUUACCUGGAAGAAUAGUUUCGAUUCCAGGUGAAAGAGGUGCAAAAGGUGAUAUUGGACCACCAGGAGAAAAAGGUGAAAAUGGUCAAAGGGGAAGGCAAGGAAUUCCAGGUUUCAACUCUAGUUGUAGGGUGAUAAAACAUGACAACACAUCUACAGUUUACGUCAAGUGGGGAAGUAGGUCAUGUAAUAUUACACAAGGAAAGCGGUUGUACACUGGCUAUAUGAGCGGUUCAAGUGUUGAAGGGGGCGGCUCAAAUUAUUUAUGUUUACCUGAUCAUCCCAAGUACAAAAACAAAAGUCCUGGAACUGUCGAUGACUCAGCAGAAAUUGAUGGUGUAAAAUACGGAACAAGUUUUGAAGCAAAUAGAAGCAACAGAGUUGUAUAUUGCGCAGUUUGCGAAACUCAAACUAAAGUUGUUGUAAAAACAUUUCCGGCUAUGAAUGAAUGUCCGACGGGUUGGGAAAUAGAAUACGAAGGUUAUCUGGUAGCACACAAGAAGCCUAGAACUGAGCAUGUAUGCGUCGAAAGAAACGCGCAACGACCAAAGAGCGCUGCGUAUGUAAAGACAGGCACGAUCGAAAAAAUAAGAGUCAAAAAGUGCGAAAUUUUACCUUGUAAUGAAGAUAAAUAUAACACUAAUAAUGACUUGACUUGCGUCGUAUGCUCAAAAUAAUCGGAAGUAACACUUUCGUAGCAGGAUAGAGAUGUAUUGUGUCAACGAAUAAGAAAGAGAUUCAGUGAAAACGUUAAGAAA